AUGGCAUCUUCAUCAUCUUCUCCUUCUGCUCCGGCGUUUUCUUCUCAUUCAUGGAAGUACCAUGUUUUUCUUAGUUUUAGAGGAGAAGAUACUCGCAAGACUUUUGUGGAUCAUCUCUACUCGGCUCUUGAACAACAAGGGAUCUAUACUUACAAGGACAAUGAAACACUUCCUCGGGGAGAAUCAAUUGGUCCAUCCCUUAUGAAAGCUAUAGAAGAAUCUCAAAUUGCUGUCAUCAUAUUCUCAGAAAACUAUGCAGAUUCUUCAUGGUGCUUAGAUGAACUUGCAUGUAUUAUGAAAUGCAAAGAUACAAAAGGCCAAAUCGUUAUGCCCGUAUUUUAUGAUGUGGAUCCCUUUGAAGUGCGAAAACAGAAACGAAAGUAUGGAGAAGCUUUUGCCAAACAUUGGUUGGAGAACAAAACCAAGGUUGAGUCUUGGAGAAAAGCACUUGUGGAUGCAAGUAACCUUUCUGGAUGGGAACCCAAGCACAUUGCCAACGGGCAUGAAUCAAAGGUUAUCAAAGAAAUUCUUAAUGCAAUUUCACAAAGGCUGCAACUAGUAACUUCAAGUGCAGAUGAGAACCUGAUCGGAAUGGCGACCCGCAUGCAACGUUUGAAAUCAGAGUUACAAAUUGAGUCAAAUGGUGUGCGGAUGAUUGGAAUAUGGGGGGUUGGGGGUGGUGAAAACGUCCGUGAGGAAUCAAGUAAGAAUGGUUUGGAAAAAUUGCAAGAAGAAAUUCUUUCUCUUGUUUUGAAACAAAAGAAAGUGAAGGUACGUAGAGUUGAGGAAGGAAGACGUGUGAUAAUAUGUAAGUUACGCCAUAAAAAGGUCUUGAUUGUUCUUGAUGAUGUUGAUAACCUUGAUCAACUAAAAGCAUUAGCUGGAGCACAUGAUUGGUUCGGUGAAGGAAGUCGAAUAAUAAUCACAACUAGAGAUGAGCAUGUGUUAAAUGCACACAGAGUAGAUGUGAUACACAAUAUUAGUUUGUUAAACAAUGAUGAAGCUAUUAAGCUCUUUUGCAAGCAUGCUCCCCGGGGUCAUCGAUGUAUAGAAGAUUAUGAGCUGCUUUCAGAAGAUGUUGUUUCUUAUGCUGGUGGGCUUCCAUUAGCUCUUACGGUUCUUGGUUCUUUUCUUUGUGACAAAGACAUUCAUGAGUGGAGGAGUGCAUUAGCCAGACUAAAAGAGAUCCCGGAUACUGAUAUUGUAGAAAAGUUAAAAAUCAGCUUUGAUGGACUUAAACCAAUAGAGAAAGAAUUGUUCCUAGAUAUUGCAUGUUUUUUUAGGAGGGAGUUAACAGAGAAGACAAUGGAGAAACUUGAUGCUUGCGGUUUUCAUCCUGUUAUAGGUAUAAAGGUGCUGAUACAAAAAGCUCUUAUAACUAUUUCAGAUGGAGUAUUUGAUAUGCAUGAUUUGAUACAAGAAAUGGCACACUACAUUGUUAGAGGGGAACACCCUAACAAUCCUACAAAACAAAGUAGAAUUUGGAAGAAGGAAGAUGUUCUUAGACUAUUUGAUAUGAAUGCAACAAUGAAACUUGACAAGAUUGAAGCAAUAAAAUUUUGGCAUGCUACGGAUGAGGAAUCACAACAUUUUGUCCAUGUGGCUGCAAACAUGAAAAAACUUAGGUUGAUUAGUUUGAAGACUGAAGAGAGUAUCGAGACUACACGUCCAUUGCCAGAAAAUUUUCCACCAAGGGAGUUGUGUUGUCUAAGAUUGCAAGGUUUUAAGCAAAAACAACUUUGGGAAGGCUAUAAGUAUCUGCCCAAUUUGAAAAACAUGGAACUUAUUGCUUUAGAGAAGCUAAUCGUGACUCCAGAUUUUGAUGGACUUCCGAAUCUUGAAAGAUUGACACUUACCGAAUGUUAUUGUUUAGAAGAGGUUCAUCCAUCCAUUGGACGCUUGGAAAGUCUUGUUGCCUUAUGUAUAAUAGAUGCUUCGUGCCUUAAAUCGUUUCCACCCAUUACCCGAUUAAAGAAGCUCGAAACCCUUAUAUUUUUAGAUUGCUUCCAAAAUUGUAAGCCCUUGGAGUUCCAACAACAGAACAAUAACAAUAUACCACAUCUUCAAUUAGAUAAUGGUGGGAAAGAAGUUGGAUCCUAUAAAGAAUCUAUUACAAACUCUUUGGUUACUUGUUGGAGGUGUGGUCUGAGCAAUCUUCCUGGUAUUAAAUGUUGUUUAGACAAGCCUUGUUUACCUCACAACAACAUAGACUUACGGUUUUCUUAUAGAGGCUUAAGUAAGUUGAAUCUCAGUGGCUGUGAAUUGGGAGAUGAAUACAUUGGCUCUUGUGUUUGGGAGUUACCCAACUUACAAGAACUCAGUUUAGCAGCAAAUAAUUUUUCAAGAUUGAAUUUUAGUCUCUUGAAACUUCCUCGGCUCAAAUGGUUAAACCUGGCAGCCUGCUUUAAUCUUGUGGAAUUGUCAGAUCUGCCAUCAAGUAUAGCUGUUGUUAUAGCGGAUGGUUGUAGCUCACUUGAAAGCUUUGGAGAUAUUUCAAACUGUAAAUGGUUGUGGAAACUCUCACUUCUGGGGGACAACAAACUUUAUGGUGACAUAUUGCUACACUACAUGCUCCAGGGAAAUGCUAUUGAGGAUCACUUUAUCAGUCUCACUCUUGAACAUCAGAUGAUUCCAAAGGGGGUAGUAGUUAGGGGGAAAACAUUUACACUGAAUCUUCCAGAUAAUUGGUAUAAUGACUUUUAUGGGUUCUUAGUACACAUUGUUACCGACAUUGAAUGUCUGAAAGUUACUAUAAUCAUCAUGGAGAAGGUUGAUGAUGAAGAUUCUAGAUUUGAGGCUCUAAAGGAGGAGUCUAAUGAAGCAAUGGAUCCUGAAUAUAUUAAUGGAACAACAACAUCCAUAGGAUAUGUUUCGUUUAAUUCAUUAAAGCACACCACAUUGUUAAAUUCAUCAUACAAUAGGAUUUCGUUUUCCUUAGAAGAAACGUAUCGGAAUCCGGAUGCAGUUGAGAGUUACAUUGGAGCUGCACUUGUUCCUAGAAAAAGUAAAGGAGAUGAGGUGCAAACAACAGAUUGCUCAGGAUUCUGGGACAAGGAACGUACUAUACAUGAAAAGACAUUUAGGGUCCAACACGAUUCAAAGUCCUGUGUCAAGAUUAUAUGGCAUCCUUUCAACUGGUAUUGACAAACCCAUUCCCGCAGAUCUCUGAACUCUACGCCAACUUGUAGCUCACACUCUGAACAAUUUUAUUGAAUUAUUGUGAUUAAGUGAUCAGUUGUAAGUUGUAACAUACAUGUAUUUAAAUGAAUUUGUUUUUUGUGAUCCAAAAUGUACCAAUAUGAAAAUUCUAUCAAGAGUUGUACAUGAUCAUGCCAAAAGAUCUGGUUAGAUCAGGUGUCUAGUCAAACCAGUCUAAGAAAAGC